AUGUCUGCUGCACCCGAUUCCGCUGGAGGCAAACUAACAUUUGCUGAUAAUGAGCAAGUUCUUUGCUUUCACGGACCACUAUUAUAUGAAGCUAAAGUGUUGAAAGCAGAGUAUUGGGUUGGGAGAGAAUCUUCCGACGAAAGUGGACCCCAUUAUUACGUGCACUACAAAGGCUGGAAGAGCACGUGGGAUGAAUGGGUACCAGAAGCAAGGGUUGUCAAAUUGAACGAGGCCAAUCUUGAAAGGCAACGACAACUAAAAACGGUGUAUACUCCUUCGGGUGGUAAUUCCGGCAUGGUUGGCAAAAAAAAGUCAUCUUCAAAGCUUUCUGAGAAAAGCACUGAUAAGACAAGCGAUGACAAGCCGGUGGAAGAGGUCAAGGUGCUACAAAAAAGAAUCACUCAAAAGAGAUCUGCUGACACAACAGUAUCAGAAUCAAAAAGAAAGACUAAGAAAACAAAACUCGAAAAGAAAAAUAGUCAAAGUGAUAACGAUGGCGACGUUAAUAUGAAAGAUACGGAUGAUCUUGGCGAAUUCAAGGAGAAUAAUGCAGUGGCCAAAGAUAGCAAAGGGAAAAAAGAUCCUUCGGGCGUUUAUUACAAAAGAGCUGAUCUUACGCCCGAGGAGAGAGAACUGGAAGCCGAGUUUUUGAACCGGCCAGAGUUGCAAGUGUCUAUUCCCGAGGCGCUCAAGGCUAAACUGAUUGACGAUUGGGAACAUAUUAUAUUACGUGGAGAGCUUGUUCCAUUGCCCCGUCAACCUACGGUCAUUGAGAUUUUGAAUCAAUACAUCGAUGAGAAAUCAAAAGCCGCAAUAGCCAAGGGUGAAAGAUCUGAUAUUCACUCCGAGGUAGCAAAUGGUAUAAAAGUAUAUUUCGAAAAGGUCCUUUCUACCAUGCUUCUUUAUGCAUCUGAGAGACAGCAGCUCUCUGAUAUGAAGACAAAAUAUGAAGACAAGACUUACUCUGAAAUAUAUGGUGCAGAGCAUUUGUUAAGAUUAUUUGUCGAGCUUCCUCAGCUGCUUGCUCAUACGAAUAUUGACGAGGCUACGGCUGUUUCUCUGGUUGAACAUCUGGUGAAUUUUUUAAGAUUUCUAGAGAAGAAUGAGACACAGUAUUUCCUUAAUGAAUAUGAGCCAACCAGCGUAGUACCAUACCCUAAAUCAAAGAAAUCUCACGAAAAGAAGACAAGCGGAUGGGGUAACAAUCCGGCUGGUCUUUCAUGUUAUAAUUGUGGUACGAGUGAUACCCCUGGAUGGAGAGCGGGGGAAACAUCAGAUCAGAAACUUUGUAAUGCAUGUGGAUUGUAUUAUGCUAAAUAUAAAUCACAUCGACCACAACAUUUAUGGACACAUAUAAAAACUGGAUCGAGCAAGUAA